UUCCAGCAUUUUUUCCAGAAGUCCUGUCGAAGCUGAGAGAUGUCUGAUCUUCUGGUGUUGGUCGAGGGGGUCUCUGACCUGCACGGAUUUCCAUAGCUGAAGAAUAACAGCUGGGACCUUUUAAAUAUUUUUUUUUCUUUUUCUUUUCCCCCAAUCCCCCUCCCCUUUUAAUUUUUAUUUUAGUUUUUUUCUCCUUUUCCUGUUUCUUUUUUUAUUUUAGUUUUCGCGGGGACAUCACAAAUGUGUGCAUUGGUGCUUUGAACUUAGUCAUUAAUUUUGCCUUUUUUUCUCCCAUCCCCUUCUUUUGGAUUCUUUUUUUCUACUUAUUUUUUCUUUUCUUUCUUUCUUCUUUUUAAACAUCUGUUUGGAGCACGGGCGGUUGGAUUACUGAAAUUGAAUUAACGGAUUUGUGGAAAUGUUGGGUCCUCAAGAAGACAAAUUAUGUGGAAUUGUUUCUGCUCUGGCGGCCUUGUCCUUUGUCUGCUUUGCACAAAGCACCUCCACCGGAAAUACCGGAAUAUCUGUGGCCAAGACGACAGUGGACAAAUUGCUGAAGGGGUAUGACAUCCGCCUUCGGCCAGACUUUGGAGGUCCUCCAGUCAUCGUGGGAAUGAGUAUAAAUAUUGCCAGUAUUGACUCCAUUUCAGAAGUCAACAUGGACUAUACCAUCACCAUGUAUUUCCAACAAAGCUGGAGGGACAAACGGUUGGCCUAUGCUGAGAUGGCUUUGAACCUCACCUUGGACAACCGUGUGGCUGAUCAGUUGUGGCUCCCAGAUACCUACUUCCUGAAUGACAAGAAGUCUUUCCUGCAUGGUGUGACAGUGAAGAACCGAAUGAUUCGGCUCCAUCCAGAUGGCACUGUUCUUUACGGACUGAGAAUAACCACCACAGCAGCCUGCAUGAUGGACCUGAGACGGUACCCCCUCGAUGAACAGAACUGUACCCUGGAGAUUGAGAGUUAUGGGUAUACCACAGAUGAUAUUGUAUUCUUCUGGCAAGGAGGGGACAACGCCGUGACAGGUGUGGACAAACUGGAAUUGCCUCAGUUCUCCAUUGUGGAGCUACGUCUUGUGUCCAGAGAAGUGAGGUUUACUACAGGUUCAUACCCUCGGCUGUCGUUGAGUUUCCGCAUCAAGAGAAACAUAGGCUACUUUAUCCUGCAAACUUACAUGCCCUCCAUCCUGAUCACAAUCUUGUCCUGGGUCUCCUUCUGGAUUAACUACGAUGCUUCUGCUGCUCGUGUGGCCCUGGGUGUAACUACGGUGCUCACUAUGACAACCAUCAACACCCACCUGCGGGAGACCCUCCCAAAGAUCCCCUAUGUGAAAGCCAUCGAUGUCUACCUCAUGGGCUGCUUCGUCUUUGUUUUCCUGGCCCUGCUCGAAUAUGCCUUUGUAAACUAUGUGUUCUUUGGAAGGGGACCCCAGCAGCAGAAAAAGAUCAACGAAAGGCUAAACAAAGCCAACAACGAGCGUCCCCGCUAUGAAGAGAAGCGUCUGAGGGAACAGGACUCCAUUUCAGCGCCGUUUCAAAGCAACACCCUCAGGUCAUAUACACAACGAAGAAAUCUGUAUCUCGAGGAACAAAGAAAAGUUGGGGUGGACGCUUAUGGAAACAUUCUUCUCACCACUUUGGAGAUGAACAAUGAGGUGAUGCCGUCCGAUGUUGGCAGCAGCGUCAGUGACUCGAGGAACUCCGUCAUGUCCUUUGACAGCUCCGGAGUGCAGUUCCGCAAGCCCAUGGCUUCGCGGGACGGGUUCAGCCACCACUCAUUGGACCGCAGUGCCAUGCGCAGUCGUGCCAACUGCCGACUAAGAAGGCGCUCGUCCAAGCUGAAGCUCAAAAUCCCCAACUUGGCGGAUGUUAGCACCAUUGACAAGUGGUCCCGGGUCAUUUUUCCUAUCACUUUUGGAUUCUUCAACCUUAUCUAUUGGUUGUAUUACGUGAAUUGAUACGUGUUCCCCUAGGAAACAUGGGCCAUAUUUUGAGAGCACAUUGAAUUGGCUUUGAUACAAUUGGAAAAUAUGUGUACACAUAUAUGAAGUUGAUACAUAUGUAUAUGCAUAUUUCUAUAUAUUCUAUUUCUAUAUACACAUGCGUGUGUAAAACUAAAGGACUUUUCUGCUGUAAAAAUAAAACACUAAAAAAGAGAAACGUAUUAUAUAGAAUAACUUGAAUGUUUAAGAAUAAUACAAAAGAAACCUUUCAAGUAUUUGAAUUCUUUUCCUUCUGAAACAAACAACAAGUAACAUACAUUAGUCCCCUGUUCGAGGGUAUGGAACUAAAGACUGCAUGAUAUUUUUGCCAAAAGAAAAGAUCGCAAGAGAAAAAGAACGUCUCAUUGGCUUUUUAUCGAUAUUGUAAUCAACCUGUCCCAACUGCAGCUCAUGAAAUCAGAAGUGGCUUGUGCAUUUCGGGGCAUCAUCCGAGCGGCCCCCAGACCCCAUCCACUGCUUUCCCCAUCCCCAUGGAAGAGACUGACGGAAAUGUCCGUUUCUACACUGUACAGCAGCCUCUUUUGGAAUUAUGUGUCAUUCUUUGAUUUUGCAAGUAUAAAGCGUGCUCUAUAUCGGACCUCUCAGCUCUGGUCAAUGGUUUACACUGGACGACCAUCUUGAGUUUUAACCAAUGCAUCCUGCCCAGAGUCAGUAUGUUUCAUUUUCUCUCUUCACUUUUUUUGCAGAUUCUCCUUUCCUUCAGUUUUGGGCUAAGGGUUUAAUUCUAUUUUUUGGAGGGCAUCACCUAAACAUGUUCUAGAGGUAGUUCAUUAGUAGCUAUUAAACCACUGGUAUGCUUCAUUCAUUGGGAAUUUAAGAAAACUAAGAAAAAAACUAAAAAGAGUGCAUUCAUUCAUUCAGUAGCCUUAUUGACAUGGUCAGGUAGUAUUGUUGUUCUUUCUUUACUCUUGUUCCUAGUGCAUUCCAUCUGUUCUAUUGAUACAGUAUUCAUGAACAUCUUGUAGAGCUUUGUGUUGUUUGGAAUGGAGGGAAACCCUUAGUGAGCUGUAAUGUUUCUUUAGAACUUGGAUUUGAAGUUAGUCCAAUUAUGUGAAAAUUUACAAGGAGAGAAAAGAUUAAUGUGUAUUCAACAGGGGAUGUGACCAUGUUUUUAUCUGUUUUAUGUUUAAGUCAACCACUCGAACCAUAGUGUGACCUGAUAUUGUACAUAUUCAGUCAUUGUUGUGAUCCAUCCUGAGAAUGAUAUACGCUGAUGUUUUUAGUUUCUCUAAAAUGUGCCUGUUUGAAACCUGAAGGAUGUGUCCUCAGUUCAUCAAUCAGUGAAAGAGGGCCGAAUGACCCUUGAUCUUUGACCUUUCACUUUAAGCACUGCAGACCCACCCACAGCUCUGACGUUUUGCAUCUUGGGAUUGAAUCUCAAAGAUGAAUGACAUCAGCAAAAUCAGGAGAUACAAAAAAAUGCUUCUGAGUCUUUUCGGGGCAAAAUGACAUGUACGAUAAAAGCCAUGAACUGAAGUGACAACCAAAAAGGCCUAUAAUCCAUUUCUCUUUUUACCAUGAACCUCUGACUCACCCACCAACAUUUAUUUUGGGCUUCGCCUCAUUAUGAUUUACCUCAGCUUCAUUGACAUUGAGGUUACCAGAUCACCAGGUGACCGCUCAAUUUCAUUUAUCAGUUCAUCUGCCAUCCACGUUCAUUCAUAGCUCAUUUCUGAAAGUAUCUAGAUGUCUCAUUGCUCAGAGUAGCUCAGUUGAGGAGAAGCUUCCCAACAAAUGCUUUUCACAGCAAUGUUUUAUCAGCUCUUGAAGAUGUGGAUGAGAACUGAAUUGCUGAAUAACUGAGCAAGGGGACAUUUAAAAGUGAAGAGAAAGCUCCCGGUGGUGGUUUGAGAACACGAGAGCACUGGAUUUGCUUGAGUUCCCUGAGGAGGAUCUUCUGAGCAGGCCUCAGACCUCAGAGCUCAGCAGAGUCCCUUGGCUCUCGACCCUCCACACCAGACCUCUCAACACUUGGGAAAGUGUGGACCAGCCACCAAAUCACCAACAGAUCACUCAUUCCAUUGAGAAACAAAGGAAUCAGGGAAAUCCAAAGGUAUAGGAGGCUGUACCUAUAGGUACUUGUUAUUUGUCAGCAGAUGACCGUAGAAGCAAGUUCGAAGGAUUUCCUCUUAUUAUAUUUGAUAUUGUGAGCACGACCAUAACACCUGUGCAAGGGAGCCAGUACUCUCAAGUGCAAAGCAAGACAUGCACAGUUGCAUGCACAGUGUAGCAAUUAAGUUAAGAGCAAAUCUGCACUAAAGAGGAUAAAGGCUAGAGUGCUUUUCUUGAGAAACCCUAACUAUUAUGAGUGUUAUGGGGUGCCUUGGCCAGUUCCAACUCUCAGUAGGCAUUCAAGAUGCUGCAAUGCUUUGCCAAUGAAGGUUCAAAAGCAGAGUAGUUAGGUAUACACAUUUAAUCUAUAGCGUUAAAAUGUGCAUUUAUCAUGUAGAUCAGACCUUUUAAGCUACAAUAUAGGCCCACCUCUACUAGUGCAGUGUUGUAGACAAGUGUAGUGAUAAGUUGAAAAUGCCAACUGCACCAUUAGCCAACUUUUCUCUUAAUGUAUUCAAGGGAACAGGAGCAGGUUUUUUAUUUUUUAUUUUUUUUUUUUUUUGAGACUGAAAAACAGAGUUUGCUUUGCCUUUGACAAAUUGGAAAUGGCAUGACGUCUAGGUGGCAGCAUAUAUAUUUAAGUUUAUUAUUGUUUGAUCGCCAGCCACUAUUAACUGAUAAGACUGCACAAUUAAAAGUAUGCUGAUAUAUUUUUGUAUCUGAUAUUUCCGUUAUCAGUGUUAAUAAGUGCUCUAAUUCUUUCCUUAGAGUGACUAAUAAUAGAGAAAAACCAUGCAUACAAUAUCAUAAUCUGUAGUUCGGUAUAUUAUCCAUGAGAAUAAUUAGAAAUUCUUAGUAGUAGAUUGUACAAGAGGUUCCAUAACUAUAUACAGUACAUAUAUAAUUUAGCACCCAUUUACUACAUACUGUAGCUUCUUUACCUUCUAGUAGACUUGAUGGCACUAUGCAGUCUUUCGCGCUAAUGCUCAGUUUAACGUUCCACAGGGUAAUCUGAAACAUUAUUGGUCCAUGCAUCCUGGCCAAUCACGAUAGGCAAGGGUUGAAUUUUCCGAUAGCGUGGGGAUUGGUGAAAUGCUAAUACAGCCAUACUGUGCCACUGAGACAUGUUGGAUGUUGAAUAUGUUCAGAUGGAUAUUGUGUUGAUCAUCAGUAUGGUCUUGUAGCACCAGCACUCUGUUUAUUCACAGUGAGCUUACACCUAGAACAGAUUUUUGGUAAGAUUCUGGUUUGUGGGCAUUCGUCCCUGCAAGAUUUGCCUUAACGAGAUCACUAAGCAUUUGUCAUGAAAUAUUUCUGAGCAAUACAAUGCAAAUACAACAAAGUUCAUGAGAGAGGGAUUCUCUUUCAGCUCAAUUCAAGCCUUAAACAUGGUUAUAGAACAUAAUAAUUUGAUCAUUGAACAUCUGGGGUACAAGAUUUACAACCUAGAAAAUAUAGUGAUAAAUUAGUUCCCCCAAAUGUCUCACACCGGUACUCUGGCUAUGUUUCCACUGCUGAUUACUUGGAUUACUGAUUACGUGGCAAGUAAUAGUACAAAUCAUUCCCACAACAUAGAGGGUUUUCACAUAGCCCAAAUACUAAUUUCUUUACAUUUAGCCUGCUUGGCCUGUUUGCUAUCACUCUAAAAAAUGCUGUGUUGUUUCAACCCAACUUUGGGUCAAAUAUGGACUAACCCAACCGCUGGGUUCAAUUUUAACAUUUUACCCAAAUUUAACAUUUAAAUUUUACAUUUUUUACCCAAAAGUUGGGUUAGUCCCUAUUUGACCCAAAGUUGGGUUAGAACAACCCAGGAAUUAUUAUUUUUUGAGUCUGCAACCUACUGCAGUACUAAGACAUUGAUAGAUAGGUCUACAAUGGCACAAGUUGCUGUUUUAGAAAUAACUAUCAAGUUAAUCAUACAGUCUCACAUAUGUUUCACUAUCUGAGAGAGUUGGUGCAUGCAGCAAACCAUCCUAGCAUUUUAGCUUUUUAUUUGAAAGUUUAGUUUCACCAUAGUGCUAGAAUAGAUCAAUUGUAGUUAAGACCAAUUUGCCAGUUUACAAGGGACAUUUGGCCAAAAUACUCAGAUAAAUGUAGCAGCACUGAGUUGAGAGAGUGAUGGUAGUUGACUCAUGGCACUCCAUGUUAAAUUAGUUUUGUAAUCUUAAUUUCAAAAUCACAAAGUCUACAUUGUUACUUAUUCUGCAGGAUUAGCUAUUUUGUAUUCAAAGAACUUGUGUCUUUUGUUGUGUAUUUGAUUUUUUUUAUAAAAUCAAUCAAUUUUGAAGGUUGGUGGCUCUGUUAUCAGUCUAUUGCAGAAUGUGUCAGAUGUGUGGGGUUUAAAUUGUGAUAGAAAUUGCUGCUAAUUACCACUUUUAGCUAGUGAUGCACAAGACAGCAUUCAGUUUUGACUACUUUAGUAUACAUGUGUCAUUACUAGCAUUUGGCCAUCCUUUGCCACCUUAAAAACUGUGUUUGAAAAGAAAUGGGUCCUCCGUGUCUAUAUUUGUAACAACUAAUCUUGCACACUCUCUGAAGAAUAGUGGCUCGGCCAUAGAUACACUGUUGCAAGUCGCAAAAAUGGCAGACUGCAUCUAUUGAGAUGGAUAUUAUUUAGGAAAUAAUGGGAUGGGAAUAGCAUUUAGAAUAGCAUUGUGUCAAGGUAGCAUACUCUUGAGCACUGAUGAGAUUGUUGGCCUUUUUUGGAGAAUGUGACUCAUCGUAAUAUUAAAGUAUUAUUUCUUCUGUGUAAUUUGCUAUCUGGUUAGGGGAUAGGGGACACAUUUUCCUUUCGCCUUGCACUUUGCUUUAGUUUUAGAAGGAUAUAUUGUUUGUUAAUGUUUUUUGUCCUUUUUUUAAACAGCUUUGCACAACUUCCAGCGGGUUUGGGGGAGGGUUUGGCAGAACUCAAUGAGGCUAAUGUGUUCUGAUGACAACGAAGGACAUAAGUAUCUACGCACUUCAUACAAAUCACCCCAUAUGCUCACUUUCACAUUUUCAUACCAUUAACAUAACUCGACAAAUCAUCAAAUAGCUUUUACUCGAGUGCAUUGUUUUUUGUCUUUUGCAACAUCCACCCAUGAAGCAGGAGAAAAGGAAGUACAAAAACUGUUGAACUGAUUUUAAUGUGAAUUUUCUUGCCUCUUGUGUAUAUGUGUAAUUACAUGUGAAUUGUAUUGUAAAUAUGAUAUCUUUCACUUAUAUUUCUUAAUGCAUGAACAAAACAGGGCAGUUGGUAAUAACAGCUAGCCUCAAUGCUACUGGCAUGGACAGCUUUUACAGCACCGGCAUAACUUCUGCAAACGAAACCUAUCUCUGAAAAAGAAAAAAAAGAAAAAGAAAAGGAGGAAAACUCACAAAAAGAUACCGGUUUUGUUUUGCAUGUCUCUUUUCGGAAAGGUUUAUUUUCAUAAUUUCUUUUCUAUUCUAAAACUGGCCAUUCAUAUCACCCACACAUACAAAGAAAGCAAGCUUUUUGCUUCUUCCUGUGCACAGAGAUCGAACCAAACACUGUAAAUCCUAAAUUAAAAAUAGAAAACAAAAAAGAAAAGUACUAAAUCUGAAAAGGAAAGUUAUGGAGAAAAUGAUUUGUGGAAUCAUCACUUUAAAAAAUAAUAAUAAUAUGCGAAGAUAUGCACAUUUUCAUCCUCUCUUGCUUUUUUGUAUAUCACAUACAGAUGAGAGUAGAUAGACACACUUAUUAAGCCAUUAGUUCAAGGUAGACUAGACCUGCUUACAUCUCGUUGAGCAAAACAGCAAGUCAAAGUUUCAUGCCAUGAGAAUGCAUGACUGGCUGGAUUGUUUUUUUGUUUUGCGCCAGGAUAGCUUUUCUGAUAAAGCGAAUUAUAACACAUAAACACAGCACACACAAGCGAAGUAUUAACCUGAAGAGAAAAUCCUCAAAAAAUUAAUUCGGCAAAUAUCUAGGGCAACCAUUUCACACCUAAUUUAAGAAUUCAAUUGCUAUUCAGUACUCUUUCAUUUCAUUUCUAGUUGCCUGUAUUUGUUGUAUUCUUUAAAUGAAUUGUUAACUUUAUUGUUGAUGUUUUCUCAUAGAAAGGAAAUAUAUUUCUACUUUACAUCCUGCCCUGAAAGUAAAAUGCAUUCUGUUUUUGUGUUGUACUGGUUUUGUUCUCAUUAAGCUCUUGGUUUGAUUCUGUUGAACUCUUGAGGUGUGAUGAUUUUUGAUGAUCUAUUUGGGGGUAUGAUUUGUCUCCAUGAAAUCAACAUUUGUAAAGUAUAAGGUUGUAUUCUCUUUUCUUUACUUUUUCUUUUCUCUUUCUUUCUUUUAUUUUUGUCAGUGCCAAUUAAUGUAAUGGUGUCGGUCAGCUUUUCUAGGUGUUUGAGCAAAAUGUGUUUUUUACUAAUACAAGAUGUUACAGUAUGUGGUACAAAAAAAAAAGGGGUUAUAAGUAACCAACUGACUUUUUACAAAUAAAGGCUUAUACAGUAAAGAA